AUGCGUCGCGUUGUUGUGACGGGUUUAGGGGCGGUAACUCCGUUAGGUGUUGGCGUUCGGCGAACCUGGAAACGGUUGCUCGAUGGCCAUUGUGGUAUUAUCAAUGUGAAUCAUCGUGAUGCACGCUUUGCAGAGCAGCCGUGUCAGAUUGCUGCCGUUGUUCCUACACAGUCCUCUCCUGAAGAUGGUGGAUGGGCGGCUUCUGAAUGGUUGAAUCGUGGUGAAGAGCGCAAGAUGGCCCUGUUUGCUCAGUAUGCCAUGGCUGCUACGGAACAGGCCUUGGAAGAUGCUGGAUGGAAGCCGACUUCAUUCGAGCAGAAAGAAGCCACGGGAAUUUGUCUUGGCUCUGGCAUUGGCAACUUUGAAGAAAUCUAUAACACGGUGGUCGCAUAUGAGAAAGGCCUAGAGCAGGGCUAUAAAAAGGUUAAUCCUCUCUUCGUACCGAAACUUCUCAUCAACCUUGGAGCUGGUCAUAUCUCCAUCAAGUAUGGAUUGAUGGGUCCGAACCAUGCCGCGACGACUGCUUGCACUACAGGUGCCCAUUCAAUCGGAGAUGCAGCACGGUUUAUUGCCUGUGGCGAUGCUAAUGUGAUGGUCGCCGGUGGCGCCGAGUCCUGUAUCCAUCCCCUAGCAAUCGGGGGCUUUUCUCGAGCCCGAAGUUUAGCUACCGACUACAACGACGAUCCAAAAAAUGCAUCUCGACCAUUCGAUGCUGACCGCCGCGGUUUCGUCGUUGGAGAAGGUGCAGCUGUACUGGUUCUCGAGGAACUUGAACACGCACGCUCUAGAGGUGCUCAUAUCUAUGCUGAGCUCAAGGGCUAUGGCUGCUCUGGCGAUGCUCACCAUAUAACAGCACCCAAGGAGAAUGGCCAGGGUGCUUUCCUAGCUAUGAAAAGGGCUCUAAAGCAAGCUCAGAUCCCUCCUUCGGCUAUUGAUUAUGUUAAUGCGCAUGCUACAUCAACUGUCGUUGGUGAUGCUGCUGAAAAUGCUGCUAUCAAGUCCCUUCUUCUUGGUCCAGAGGGCAAAGAAAAACCUGCUGACGUCAAUGUCAGUAGUACCAAAGGUGCCGUGGGGCAUCUUCUUGGAGGUGCUGGUGCUUUGGAAGCAGUGUUUAGUGUUCUUGCCAUUCAAGAUAAUGUCAUGCCGCCUACUCUCAAUUUGGAUCGCCUAGGAGAUGGAUUUGAUUGCAACUAUAUUCCAAAAUAUGCCCAAUCUCAUCAGGUCAACGUUGCUUUGACGAAUAGCUUCGGUUUUGGAGGGACUAAUAGCAGUCUCUGUUUCGUUCGACAUGGCAAUUAA